AUGAAAGAAGAGAUGCAUUCAAGAUACUAUAUCGAAAACAUUACAAGCACAAUAGAAGUGAAGCCGGAAUUGGGGAUAGGACACUCCUGUCCUUAUAUCCAAGCUGGCCCAUAUGUUGGUAUUGCAGCCAUCAUAUUUUCUGGUGACAAAUUUCUAUGUGAUCCUCUAACACCACUUCUUCCACUUUUCUACCUUCACCACUAUCAAAAAUUUAUGGAUCACUUAGCUCAGACAUUCUGUGCUUUUAAAAAAGCAUUAGAUGCAUUGGAUUAUUAUUACAUGGAUCCCCCUAAAAUUCUUCCUUCACAAUUGGAGUUCCCAUACAUUAACUCAUUCACCCAUAUUUCAAAUAGAACAAGUAUUCAAUUUUGUUACCUCAAACAACUCUACAAAGACAAAUUACUGUUUCUUGUUGAGCAGAAAAGCAAUAACAAUGUGCCAAAACAAUUACUUGUAAAGUUUACAGAACAAUAUGUGAUAGAUGUGCACAAGGCCUGUGUAGAUUUAGAUGAUAAUUAUGAACAUUUGUCUCUACAUGUACCUACAGAAGUAAAAAGUGCCUUUAAAGAAGCUGUUGGAAAGAUGCAUGGUGCAGGAUUUUUACAUGGUGAUUUGAGAGAUCUAAACAUCCACUAUCAAACAAAAAAGAAAGACGAUAAUGAUGGUGUUCAGGUAGACAUUAAAAUUGUUGAUUAUGAUUGGGCUGGUAGGAUUGAUCACCCAACAACAAUAUAUCCCUCAUAUCUUAAUCCCAAAAUUACAAGGCAUUAUGAUGCCCACUCUGGGUGUCAGAUUAAACAGGACCAUGAUGACUAUAUGGUAAAUCUCUUGAUACAGUAA